AUGGAUCAGCCCUAUUUACCAAGCAUUACAUCUUUCUUCCAAGAAUACAAAACCGCUCUGUAUGGAUUGGCAGCUACUGGCGCACUUGUCAUCGGAAUUGGCCUGUAUAAGUCUAGCUACGCAGCCUCAGGGUGUGGUCAGACGUUCAAGCAAAGCCAAAUCGCGAUAGCUGAUUACCCAGACAUGCGUAUGUACAAUAACUUGCUGGCAAAACACUUAACGCCUCGCCUUUACGCCAAAUUGCGAGAUAGAAAAACAGCAAGUGGAUUUACAUUGGACAACGCCAUUCAAACCGGUGUAGACAAUCCCGGCCAUCCAUUUAUCCUCACGGUGGGAGCUGUGGCCGGCGACGAGGAGUCGUACAAAACGUUUGCGGAGUUGUUUGACCCGAUUAUCGAAGAGCGUCAUAAUGGCUUCAAGAAAACGGAUUUCCAUCGAACAGACUUGGAUUCGUCUAAAAUCCGUGGAGGAAAAUUAGACGAGCGCUAUGUACUGUCGUCUCGAGUGCGCACUGGUAGGUCCAUCAAGCCUUUUAGUUUACCGCCACACUGUUCGAGAGCGGAGAGACGAAAAGUUGAAAAAAUUAUUACCAGGGCAUUGGCUGGAUUACAAGGUGAAUUAUCUGGUCGUUACUACCCCUUGAGCGAGAUGACACCAGAUGAACAACAGCAAUUGAUUGACGAUCACUUCCUGUUUGACAAACCAGUCUCCCCACUCCUCACGUGCGCCGGCAUGGCACGUGACUGGCCUGACGCACGUGGAAUCUGGCACAACCACGACAAGAACUUCCUUAUUUGGGUCAACGAGGAGGACCACAUGCGCAUCAUUUCUAUGGAGAGAGAGGGAGACAUGCGCGCAGUGUUUGAUCGCUUUUGUCGAGGGCUUCAUGAAGUGGAAAGACUUAUUCAACGUCAAAAGCACGAAUUUAUGUGGAAUGAACACUUGGGAUACAUCCUCACCUGCCCUUCCAAUCUUGGAACAGGACUCAGGGCUGGAGUGCAUAUUAAACUACCACUUCUUUCAAAGAACCCACGAUUUAAUGAAAUUCUGGAAUAUUUACGACUACAGAAACGAGGAACUGGAGGGGUGGACACGGCAGCCAAAGGAAGCGUUUUCGACAUCUCGAACCUGGACAGGCUUGGUUUCUCUGAAGUGGAACUUGUCCAGAAAGUGAUUGACGGUGUUGGUCUCCUAAUAGUGAUGGAGAAGAGACUGGAAGCUGGCCUACCAAUAAAUGACCUUAUACCAUCGUCAACGAAAUCGGAGUGA